UGCACGUGCACCAACAACAGCUAUCUGUUUAUUAACAAGAUAGCCACCAAAACAAACGGAAGCAUGGAGCUUAAGUGCGCGAUUUGUAACGAAAAUCAGAAGAAAUAUAAGUGCAAAACAUGUGAAGUGCCCUAUUGCUCCCUCGCGUGCUACAAAUCACACCAGGAAACGCCCUGCGAAGCACCUCCAAAGACUGAUUCCCCUCUGAUCCAAGAAGACCGCAACCAGCCCCAGCGAACCUACCUCUACACAACCGUCGACACGGUGGACCCCGCCAUGCUGGAACAACUUCGACAUUCCGACCCGCUCAAGGACCUGCUCUACAACCCUCACCUGCGACGUCUCCUGCAAGAAAUCGACGCCGCCCCCGAUGCCAUGAAGGCGGUCCGCGUCGCCAUGAUGGAACCCCUCUUUGUGGAGUUCGCCGACCAGUGCCUGCGGGUGGUGGAACCCGCGAACGCAAAUGAAACACACGACCAAACUCUGUUGAACUCGUAAAUCGAGUCGAAACUAAAGUUUAUUGGGGUUUUGGCGCAAUAAAAUUUGUUUUCAAUUUCCUUAAUA